AUGCAGGGGCUGAAGUGGUUCGGAAUUAUGUCCCUCAGCAGCAACAGAAGCAAGAGGAGGAGUAGAAGGAGCAGCGGCUGUGGCAGUCAUGCUGUGCUGCUUUCCUUAACUCUACUGGUGGUGGUGACCUACAUCACCGACCCCGUGGUGGCUCAAAAACAGCGAAGUGGAGGUGCCUCUGAAAAAGUGCCAGUCCUAAAUAUUGCGGUGAUUCUCGGUCGCACACGAUACAUCUCUGACCGAGACAUCCGAGCGUUAUGGAGCAAAGAGGAGCCUGUCGAUGUCAAUGUGGUCAGUCUGCUUGUGAAUGAGACCGACCCAAAAAGCAUCAUUACCCACAUGUGCGACCUGAUGUCCGGGACAAAGAUCCAUGGCGUGGUGUUCGGGGAUGGCACGGACCAGGAGGCCAUCGCCCAGAUAUUGGAUUUUAUUUCUUCCCAGACACUCAUACCCAUCCUGGGCAUUCAUGGAGGCUCGUCCAUGAUCAUGGCCGAUAAGGAUGUGAAGUCGACAUUCUUCCAGUUUGGUGCUUCCAUCCAGCAGGAGGCUCUGCUGAUGCUGAACAUCAUGGAGGAGUAUGACUGGCACAUCUUCUCCAUUGUUACGUCAAAGUUCCCCGGCUACCAGGAAUUCAUCAACAUUCUAAAAACAACUGUAGACAACAGUUUUGUUGGCUGGGACCUGCAGAAUAUCAUCACCCUGGAUGCAGUGGAGGAAGACAGCCGGUCUCAGAUCAUGUUGAAGAAGGUUCAGUCACCGGUAGUUGUGCUUUACUGCUCCAAGGACGAGGCUGUCUACAUCCUGGAGGAGGCUCGCUCUCUGGGCCUCACAGGUUUUGGUUACAUCUGGAUCGUACCUUCUCUGACCACUGGGAACCCGGAGAUAACACCAGAAGAGUUCCCGUCAGGAAUGAUUUCGGUCUCUUAUGAUGACUGGGAUUAUCCACUUGAGGCACGUGUGCGUGAUGGUUUGGGGAUCAUAACAUCAGCAGCAGCUGCCAUGUUGGAUGAGUACGGUGACAUCCCCGAAGCGAGGACGUCUUGCUACGGCCAGAUGGAAAAAACCAGCAAGCUGCCACCUAGCGCACUGCACAAGUACAUGAUGAAUGUGACAUGGGAAGGCAGAGACUUGUCUUUCACAGACGAUGGAUAUCAAGAGCAUCCAAAGCUGGUGGUCAUUGUUCUUAACAAGGAAAGAGAGUGGGAGAAGAUGGGGAAGCUGGACAAUGGCAGCUUGACGCUGAAGUAUCCGGUUUGGCCACGCUUCAACUCCUUUGGUGAUGCUGAGCUUGACGACAACCACUUGUCCAUCGUCACGUUAGAAGAGAAGCCAUUUGUCAUUGUGGAAGAUGUCGAGAGACUGACUGGUACCUGCAUGAGGAACUCUGUGCCCUGCAGGAAACAUAUCAAAGACAACACAACUGAGGCUGGUGGGACAUACAUUAAGAAGUGCUGUAAAGGCUUCUGCAUUGACAUUUUGAAGAAAAUAGCCAAGUACGUCAAGUUCACCUAUGACCUGUACCUAGUAACCAAUGGCAAACAUGGAAAGAAGAUUAACAAUGUCUGGAAUGGGAUGGUGGGAGAGGUGGUCUAUAAGAAAGCCGUCAUGGCCGUCGGAUCUCUGACGAUCAAUGAGGAGCGUUCUGAGGUCAUCGAUUUCUCCGUCCCGUUCGUGGAAACUGGGAUCAGCGUCAUGGUGUCCCGUAGUAAUGGAACCGUGUCCCCUUCAGCCUUUCUUGAGCCAUUCAGUGCAUCAGUGUGGGUGAUGAUGUUUGUGAUGCUCCUACUGGUGACUGCAAUGGCUGUUUUCAUGUUUGAAUACAUCAGUCCUCUCGGCUUCAACAGAAACCUGGCACAGGGAAAAGACCCCCAUGGGCCCUCUUUCACCAUGGGGAAAGCUGUGUGGCUACUCUGGGGUCUUGUCUUCAACAACUCUGUCCCGGUGCAAAAUCCGAAGGGAACCACCAGCAAGUUCAUCGUGUCUGUGUGGGCCUUCUUCGCUGUCAUCUUCCUGGCUUCCUACACAGCUAACUUGGCCGCUUUCAUGAUCCAGGAGGAGUUUGUCGAUCAAGUCACUGGGCUGUCUGACAACAAGUUUCAGAACCCAUAUGCAUACUCACCACCAUUCCGCUUUGGCACGGUUCCAAACGGAUCUACUGAGAGGAACAUCAGAAAGAACUACCCUUCCAUGCACCAGUACAUGGUCAAGUAUCACCAAACAGGAGUUCAGGAUGCACUUGUCAGCCUAAAAUCUGGUAAACUGGAUGCCUUCAUCUAUGAUGCCGCAGUGUUGAACUACAUGGCAGGCAGAGAUGAGGGAUGUAAGCUGGUGACCAUUGGAAGCGGGUACAUCUUUGCCACCACUGGAUAUGGCAUUGCGCUCCAAAAAGGCUCCUACUGGAAACGACAGGUGGAUCUGGCUAUUCUGGCAAUUAUUGGAGAUGGUGAAAUGGAGGAAUUGGAAGCUCAGUGGUUGACUGGCAUUUGCCACAAUGAGAAGAAUGAGGUGAUGUCCAGUCAGUUGGAUGUGGACAACAUGGCAGGGGUGUUCUACAUGCUAGCCACUGCCAUGGGACUAUCACUCAUCACGUUUGUCUCUGAGCAUCUCUUCUACUGGAGGCUCAGAUAUUGCUUCACUGGGGUCUGCUCAGGCAGGCCUGGUCUUCUCUUCACCAUUAGCAGGGGUAUCUGGAGUUGCAUCCAUGGAGUUCACAUCGACAUGAAGAAAAAGACAGAUCUGGACUUUAGUCCGCAAGACAAGAUGCUCAAGCUCAUUAAGUCAGCCAAGCACAUGACCAACAUGUCUAACCUGGCUGGCUCUCACAUGAACUCACCCAAACGUGAGUUCAUGCACUCAGCCGGCCCCAUGAUAAUGGACAUGAUGGCAGAAAAAGGCAACUUCAUUUAUGCUGACAACCGAAGCUAUGCGCCCAAAGAUAUGAUGUAUGGCGAUACAGGCGACUUGCAGUCUUAUCUUGCUACCCGCCACAAGGACCACCUGAACAAUUACAUCUUCCAAGGUGGCCAGCAUCCUCUCACCUUGAAUGAUGCCAAUCCAAACUCUGUAGAGGUAGCAGUUAGUGCUGACACGGUCCAGACCAAUGCCAAACCGCCUCGCACCCUGUGGAAGAAGUCUGUCGACACACUCCGCUCUGUGCCACCCGGAUCCUCGCCCAUGCCUGACAUGCUAAUGCCAGACCCACGAAUGUCAAUGAAGACGCAGCGCUACCUCCCCGAGGAUACAGCUCACUCUGAUAUCUCUGACUGUUCCAGCAGAGCAGCUUCCUACAAGGACCCAGAAAACAACAAGCACCUGAAAUCCAAGGACAAUUUAAAAAAAAGACCCGUGACUUCCAAAUAUCCAAGAGACUGUAGUGAGGUGGAGCUUUCCUACUUAAAAACUAAGCAGGUCAGCGGUGGAACCAACCAACUUGGGCGAGCUGGAGGCGAGAAGAUCUACACGAUUGACUCUGACCGGGAGAUGAGCUUGCACUCGGACCCCAUACACUACCGUGAGAGUCGUGGCCUCGCUACGGAUGAUUUAGAAUAUCCUGAAAUCUACUCUGACCACAGUGAUAAUUAUCGAAAAUGUGAUCAGCCCAUCAUCCAUUUGAACUCAUCACCGCUGCAUCACACAGAUUCAGAUCUUCUGCCGGACCCAACUUACUCCAAACACUACAGUUUGAAAGAGAAAAACCUUUCCCCGCAUGAAUCAAUUGAUCGCUACAAACAGACACAUUGCCGUUCGUGUUUGUCAAAGGUUACUGCUGGCUAUCCACCGGCAGGGACCUACACCCCAACAGGAUCUGCCUCUGCUUCCUCUACACGCUCUCCGUAUAACCGGUGUGAGGCAUGUCUCCACACAGCCAACCUGUAUGACAUUAGUGAGGACCAGCUACUUGCAGAUAAUUUGGUCAGCCCCACCGUCCAUCACCAACAGCAGCAGCAACCUGAUGAGAUGUUUGGUUUGUUUUGGCCGCAAACAGAUGGGCCACAUGUCCAGAAGAGAAACCGCUUGAGGCUUAACCGUCAGCACUCCUUUGACAACAUAUUGCUAGAAAAACCUAAGGAUUCAGACCUUGGCAGACCGGCGCGCAGUGUCAGCCUCAAGGAGAAAGAUCGCUUUCUGGACUCCACAUCUGACUCCCACUAUGCGAACCUCUUCAACAUACGUCCCUACUCCGGCAGACUUUUUGGCACCGGAUCCAAAUCGAUGAUGUUUAAUCACAACCUAGAGGAGAGCAAGAGGAGCAAGUCCCUGUACCCGGCCCAUGGCUCGGAAAACCCUUUCCUCAGCCACUCACUGAGGGACGACACCAGCAGCAGACUGAUCCACGGGCGUAGCUCCUCUGAUAUUUACAAACAGCUGGCAGUGGCUUCGCCAGCAGCGAUCCUUGGAGCAGCCCCCAUCAAAACGCGCAACGAUGCGAACAAUCUCCGCUCUUCCGUUAAAUCCACCACCUCAUACUGCUCACGGGAUGGGCGGAUAGCUAACGACAUGUACAAUAAGGAGCAUGUAAUGCCUUACUCUGCCAAUAAGACUAGUGCAUACCCAGCCUCACGUGGCGUCCUUAACUCAGCUCAAUUCAGCAAUAGACGGGUGUAUAAAAAAAUCCCUAGUCUGGAGUCAGAUGUUUAG